UGUGUGUCAGCGAGGAAGUCGGUGCGUCCCCAGGAUAUCACUUACGCUGCAGCGGCCCCCAAGAUCUCAGGAUCUAGACUACCUGCGGUCAACUGCGCGAGCGGCCAAAAUUGCCUUCACAUCAGGCGUCAUGGCCUCCGUCUCGUGGCAAAUAGCUCUUCUAGCAGCAGCGCUGGCGAUCUCCGUGGGCACCACACCAGCGCGGAAGCGUUCCAAGCGACAGGCGUACGAGCUUCCGGCCGGCUCCGAGUUGUUGCUCUACGCCCCGCUCUCCACCAACUUCCGGUGCCCGGGUGAAGGGUACUACGCCGACGUGCAGAACAACUGCCAGGUGUACCACGUCUGCCACCAGGUGACACGCCCGGACGGUUCAGCCGACACGCAACACUACAGCUUCAUGUGCGGCAACCAGACCGUGUUCGACCAGCUGUCCCUCACGUGCGCCUUCCCCGAGGAGGCCGUGCCGUGCACAAGCGCGCAAGAUUUCUUCUACGUCAACAACUACAUCGGCGUGGAGAACGCGCCCUUCCUCACCGACGAUGACGUGCGCCGAGCUGACGCCUACAAGCAGGGGUGAUAGACGGCCUCGCUACGCUGACCGUAGGACGUACUCGGCUUCACAGGACACGCACUAUACAUAUAUCUGUGCUGCGCUGCCUUAUGCAAUGCACGGCGGUUGUGCUUGCAAUGGCCGACAAGUGUCUUCUCGGCCGGACCGCUCGAUUCGCGCAUUUGCAACUGGCUGAUGCGUAUCGAAUGACUUCGAAGCACGAGUAGGCCUACCAACGUGCUUCGGCCAAUGCAUAAUUUUGAAGUGCACUUGUACUCAAGCUUGAGCUCGAUCGCUGCUAUUACAGGGCACGAUGUUGUAGAUCUAGCUUAUGACUCUGACUUCCUGCUUUAUUGCAAAAUUCGAAGUUACCUUCGUAACGCAUCGCUGCUGUUGUGCGCUUCCUGCUUACGUGUUUCAAACUUUCGUCUUUGUCUCGCGUCUCAAUGGCUUAUUCAGGCGCCAACCAUUUAACACCAUCACGCGUUUUCGAGCUGCUUACCAAAGAUAUGAGGCAACUAUAACUGAUCUUCACUCGUCUAAAUCCCUCUACUUUCACAUGAAGCAGAUAACGAAAGAAGAGACAUGUGGAAUGCCUUCGACGUGUCCUUUUUUGGCAUUCUCUUUACCGCUUCCGUUCGUUUCACAUGUUAUAGUGUGUGUGCCAUGCGAUUCAGAGCAAAGUUAUAGGAUUGUGUUUAUCACAACAUCAAUCGUUAUUCCUACCUGUUUGUUCCUUUCGCUUAUUUUUUCUCUCGUUCUUCUCCAAUGUCUCUUUGUGCCCACUUUCGGCCAAAGGAUGUUCUGUUUCCUUGCUCUCAUCCACGUUCACGGCAGUCAAAAGUGAAUAAGCAAAACGAUCUUGCGCUCAGAAACAUUUACGCAGAAUUGUGGCUACACUUGCUGCAAUGAUCUUGGAUGCGAAGCGCACGAUUUAUAUCGGGGGAGCGCACACAAGAUGAACGUCCGAUUAUCGUACCCUUAAAAAAUUGGUCCAUUUAAUCUAGAUCUUAUUAGACAUGGCAAGCAAUUCAUCGUGCGUUGCUUUGCCGAAGACAAUUAGAUCCUGUCGGUAAAAUGUCUGAAGUUAUUCGCGUAAAGAUUUACGAGGCUUCUGAAGCUGUCUACUUUCACACUCACUUGAACUGUGCCAAAUAUUAUUCUUUUAUUUUUUGGCAGCUCUGCAAGCCUUAGACAUUUCCUUCCCACUUUCUUUAAACAAUGCUUCCCUCUCUCCCCUUCCCGGUCAUCGGGCUUCAACUAA